AUGAAAAACCAAACAUUUCUAAGAGAAUUCAUCCUUCUGGGACUAACAGACAUCCCACAGCUUCAGACUGUAAUUUUUAUACUUCUCUUCCUUACAUACAUAUUUAGCAUCUUAGGUAAUCUGACCAUCAUCACCCUCACACUACUGGACACCCACCUCCAGACUCCCAUGUAUUUCUUCCUCUGGAAUUUCUCCUUCUUGGAAAUUUCCUUUACAACCACGUUUACUCCUAGGCAGCUGCUCAGCAUCUCUACUGGGAACAAGACCAUCAGUUUUGCUGGUUGCUUCACUCAGUACUUCUUUGCUAUAUUCCUCGGGGCUACAGAAUUUUACCUUCUGGCUGCCAUGUCUUAUGAUCGCUAUGUAGCCAUCUGCAAACCCCUGCAUUACACAACCAUCAUGAGCAACAGAGUGUGUAUCCAGCUGGUUCUCUGCUCUUGGAUAGGUGGGUUCCUAAUUAUUUUAUACCCAAUCAUCCAGACCAGUCAACUGAAUUUCUGUGCCUCCAAUGUGCUGAAUCAUUAUUAUUGUGACCAUGGACCCCUCAUAGAAAUAUCUUGUUCAGACACAAGAUCCCUGGAGCUGAUUGUCUUCAUCUCAGCAACUAUGACGUUGGCUGUCACCCUAGUGCUGGUGAUUCUCUCCUACACAAAUAUCAUCAGAACCAUUCUGAAGAUUUCCUCUGCCCAGCAAAGGAAAAAGGCCUUUUCCACAUGUUCUUCCCACAUGAUUGUCAUCUCUCUUUCUUAUGGCAGCUGCAUCUUCAUGUACAUAAAACCUUCAGCAAAAGAAGGUGUUGCCUUCAAUAAGGGAGUAGCUAUGCUCAAUACAUCAGUGGCCCCUUUACUGAACCCCUUCAUUUACACUCUAAGGAAUAAACAAGUAAAACAAGCCUUCAGGAAUGUGGCCAGAACGAUUCUGAGUCUUACAUGA